UUUUCCAUCUUCUUCUUCUCGUUCUUCUGCAGUGGUUAAUACUCGGAAAUGGAUUCGUCGGUUUUUUUGUCUAUGAAGCUAAAACCCUACUUCAACCCUCUUCUUCUUUCUCCUUCUACUUCGCCUUCUCCGUCUCCGCUGCCCUACCGUCGCCUCUCCGGCGACCUUCGUCUCUAUUCUCCGGCCACCGCCACCGCCGUCAAGAGACCGUCGCAGCAGAGCAUACGAUGCGAAUUCAACGGCGCUUUUUCUCCCGACUCCGAUUCCCGCUUCCUCGACCGCCAAAAGGCUUUAGAGGCAGCCAUGAAUGACAUAAACAGCUCAUUUGGCAAAGGAAGUGUGACGAGAUUGGGAAGCGCUGGUGGAGCACUAGUUGAGACCUUUCCCAGUGGAUGUUUGACCCUAGAUCUUGCUUUAGGCGGAGGCCUUCCAAAGGGUCGGAUAGUUGAGAUAUAUGGACCGGAAAGUAGUGGAAAGACCACUCUUGCACUCCAUGCAAUUGCUGAAGUGCAGAAGCUUGGAGGCAAUGCAAUGCUUGUUGAUGCGGAGCACGCAUUUGACCCGGCAUACUCUAAAGCAUUAGGGGUAGAUGUAGAAAAUUUGAUAGUUUGCCAGCCCGAUAAUGGCGAGAUGGCUUUGGAAAUUGCAGAUCGUAUGUGUCGGUCAGGGGCAGUUGACCUAAUUUGUGUCGAUUCUGUUUCAGCGCUAACUCCACGAGCAGAGAUCGAAGGUGAAAUCGGAAUGCAACAAAUGGGGUUGCAAGCUCGUCUUAUGAGCCAAGCUCUUCGUAAAAUGUCGGGAAAUGCAUCUAAAGCUGGUUGUACGCUUAUCUUUCUAAACCAAAUAAGAUAUAAGAUUGGAGUGUACUAUGGCAAUCCAGAGGUGACUAGCGGAGGAAUUGCGUUGAAGUUCUUCGCAUCGGUCCGGCUAGAAAUCCGUCCCACUGGGAAGAUCAAAUCUCCCAAAGGGGAAGAGGAUAUUGGUAUCCGAGCUCGUGUUAGAGUUCAGAAGAGCAAGGUCUCAAGACCGUACAAGCAAGCGGAAUUCGAGAUCAUAUUCGGGGAGGGAGUCAGUAAACUGGGAUGCGUUUUGGAUUGUGCUGAAAUGAUGGAUGUCGUGGUGAAGAAGGGUUCUUGGUACAGUUACGAAGACCAAAGGCUCGGACAAGGAAGAGAUAAAGCAUUGCAGUACUUGAGGGAAAACCCGACUCUUCAAGACAAGAUCGAAAAGAGAGUUAGAUUGCUGAUGACCGACGGAGAAGUUCAUCUGUCGACGCCAUCGUUGAGCAAUUCCCAGGUUUCAUCCUAUCACGAUGAGGAUUCACUUGAAGAGAUCCAGUAAGUAACUUUGGCAAAAUAUUUUCGGGUUCUGAACUUAAUCCAUGACAUGAAUGCUUGAGUCAAGUAAAAGCUGUCUGCCAACAUCUCUGGUGAGUUCCGUUCCGUUCUGUUCUUCCGACAGACCAACUGUGCUUUGCUCAAAUCUAUUGUUUUGUAACGUCAUAUGCAUGAACCAUCUUUUUUACAUGUUUCAACUUACUAAACACUUCGGUCCAAAGAAAAACACAACUUCUUAGUU